GGGCCGGUCAAAAUGCAUCUACAAAGGGCCGGUCCGACUGACACUUUGUGAACAAUUUCACGGGGAGGCCGGAACGUAGCGGGGUCAAAACAACGUGAGAUUACGCGACCCCGAGGGGAAAGUGCGAGCAACCGGAGAGAAAGCUGCCGGCUGCAGCCAGUGUUAGCCGGUACCCAGCAUGGCAUCCCCCAUACUGCGCUCUCUACUGUCCUUGAAUACGGAUGAGUUGUACCAGUGGGCUGCCUGGAUCUGCCUCCUGUCAGUGCUGUACAAAGCAGUCAGGCUGUUUUGGAAAUGGAGAGAACUGGUCGCAGCCUUCAGACCCUUCCCAGGUCCUAAGUGCCACUGGUUGUACGGGAAUGCUCACGAGUUUCUGCAGAUCGGGAAAGAUCUGGAUCGUGUGCUUGCCUGGUCUCAGAAACACCAGUAUGGCUUCCCGUUGUGGCUGGGAAACUUCUUAGCUUGUCUGAUAAUCACUCACCCGGAUUACGCGAAGGCUGUGCUGUCUCGACAGGAUCCAAAGGACAACAUGGCCUAUAAAUUUAUAGUCCCUUGGAUUGGUGAAGGAUUAUUGGUGUCGUCCGGACCGAAGUGGUUCCAGCACCGGCGGCUGUUAACCCCCGGGUUUCACUACGAUGUGCUGAAACCUUAUGUGAAAGUUAUGUCCGACUGCACCAGGGUCAUGCUGGAUAAGUUUGGGGAAUUUGGUCCAGAUCAUUCGUUGGAGGUUUUUCAUGAUGUCAGCCUGAUGACACUGGACACCAUCAUGAAAUGUGCUUUUAGUUACAACAGCAACUGCCAGACUGACAGUGAAAAUACAUAUAUAAAAUCUGUAUAUGAGUUAUCCAGCCUCGUGGACCACAGGUUUCGGAAUUUCCUGUAUCACAAUGACCUUAUUUACUCCGUAACUCCCCAUGGAUACCGCUUCAGGAGAGCGCUGAGAGAAGCCCAUCAGCACACGGAUAAAGUUAUACAGCAACGGAAGGAGUCGUUGCGAUACGGAAAGGAGCUGGAUAAGGUACAGCAGAGGAGACACUUGGACUUUCUGGACAUUCUACUAUGUGCAAGAGAUGAGAAUGGUCAGGGUCUGUCAGAUGAAGAUAUACGGGCUGAGGUGGACACCUUCAUGUUUGAGGGACACGAUACUACGGCCAGCGGGAUCUCUUGGCUCUUCUACUGCUUGGCCAAACACCCCGAGCACCAGCAGAAAUGCCGAGAGGAGAUCAGAGAAGUCCUAGGAGAUAGAGAUUGCGUGGAGUGGGAAGACCUGGGAAAGAUGACCUAUACCACCUGGUGCAUUAAGGAGAGUUUGCGUCUCUACCCCCCAGUGCCAGGGAUCGCACGUCAGCUCAACAAACCUAUCACCUUCUGUGACGGGCGAACACUUCCAGCAGGUUCUGUGAUCAUUUUGUCCAUCUACGCCAUAAACAGAUCCUCGAGUCUAUGGAAAGACCCAGAGGUGUUUGACCCUUUGAGGUUUUCUUCAGAUAAUUCAAUCAACAGACACCCCCAUGCCUUCCUUCCAUUCUCCGCAGGGUCUAGGAACUGCAUCGGGCAGAACUUUGCUAUGAAUGAGAUGAAAGUGGCAGCGGCGCUGACCUUACAGAGAUUCCAUUUGCUACCAGACCUUAAGAACGAGCCACAAAAAGCUCCGCAAAUAGUUUUACGCUCUCUGAAUGGAAUUCGCCUUUACUUUAAGCCCAUAGAAAGAGUUUUUCAAGAUGACGGCUGACAUCGCCUGGAUUAGUAGCCACAUGAAGCAUCCCAUGGCCUCUGUUGUGGAGUAAACUGAUGAAGUAAUUUAAAGUGAAAUAUUAAUAACUCAUAUUUUAGAUAAUCUGUGCUAUUCAUGAGUUUUACAAAGAGGAAGGUUUAUAAUUAAAGUUUUCCUGAUUGUAAGCUCUUUUGAGCAGGGCCCUUCUCACCUUUUGGUCCAAAUUACUAUGUGAUGUACCACUUGUUAUGUUUACCACUUGUACAACGCUGUGGGAUAUGAUAGCAUUAUAUAGUUCAAUAAAUAAGAGCAAUAAUAAUAAAA